UACUUAUAUACGAAGAUGCUGAGUUUGCAGCAGAGAUUCGCGGAGCUGGAGCCGUCAUACAGGGACUGUUACGACCUGUACCAUGACACUCUGACUGCCAUUUCUGACCAACAUGGUAAUUUCAACACCAUUACACUCACAAUGUUAAAAAAUCAAAUAAAUGAUCAAAGUGUCAAUACUAUAAAAGAAGCUCUACAAAAAAGGAUGUUAGAUCUAAAAUCAGUGGACAUGCAGUGUCGUCCAGGGUCAGAAGGCGGUCCUCGAGACAGAUCUACCAAUUCAACAGGUGUUGAAAUUGAUGCUAACCUUUCCGACACCCAUACCUCAAUUGACUCUACAUUCGAUUUCUCUUCCGACGUUACGGCUUCCUUUGACUCAGCAAUCACCAGGCAUUCACAGAUGUCAUUGCCCUCUGCAUCCAGAACACUUCGCAUACUCAUUGCAGGGGAUGUUAACGCCGGGAAAACCAGUGUAUUGAACCUGUUUCUGGGUGAUGAGUACCUUCCAGCUUACUGUGGCAAGUGUACGACAGUUCCGUGUGAAGUUCACAACAGUAAACACCGGUUUGUCAGGAUUUAUUACAACGGUAGUGCUCAACACGACGAUAUUGAGCUACCAUUCGACAAGAAUGAUCCUAAAUGGAAAGACAUUGGCAGGACGGUUCACUUCGGAACGUAUAAGGAGAAAUCAGUCCGAAGACUACUACUGUUCUGGCCUCUACGGUUCUUUGAUGAUCCCGUGUCGUCAGAUGAAUUUGGGCCUGAAUCAGGACUCGGCAGUUUGAGGGACUCUGUAAGAGACCCCGAUGAAACAACUCCGAAAGUGAUCGCUGAUGACGACCCACACCAAACCCAUGUAAAGCAGAUAGCCGGGGCUGGAAACACUGGGGUCCUACCCAUAGUGUUCCUCGAUCUCCCAGGUAUAUCGGAUAACGAAUCCGAAGUGUCCCGAAUCCUGGAAAAUAUUCCGGACUUUCACCUGUUCAUCUUCGUCAUCGAUAUCGGGGGAGAACCAAUCAGAAAGACCUUUGAAAAGAUGUUGGAAAAUGUGAAAAAGAAGAUCACAUUGCAUGGUAUUGAAUUCAACCCAGAAAGCGCUCUUUUCCUCCUUAACCGCUCAGAUAUGUUUCAACCUGGUCCCUACGCAGAACCAAUAGAAAAGACAAUUCUCUCAGCAAUUAAACCGAAUUGGCCAAUGGCUAGCGCCUGCCAGCUGCACCGUCUCUCUUGUGCCAAGAUUCGAUCUGGAGAAGAGAGUAUAGAACCGUUCAGGGAAAAAAUUUGGAACUUCUUGGAAGCCGCGAAUAGACAGAAUCUGGAAGAACACUUCUUGUGGCUCAUAAAUUUGCUGGAUACAAUUAACAGAUUAUUUGACAAAGACGAGAACUGGUUGCCAUGUCUUGAAAACAUAAAAAUGUGUGCAAAAGAGGACAAUGCUUUCCUUGAUAAAGAACUAGACAUGAUAGAGACAAGGAAAUCUUUCUUUUGUAAGAAGAUAGUGGAUGAAGCGAAAACGUGUGAAGGAAAACUUCGAAAUUACAUCACAGAGCAACCUUGUUACAACACAGCUGAUUUCAACACAAAGCUGAAGGAUGUGAUGAAAACCGACGACGUACAAUCGCUGAUAACUAAUUUCAAUUUAACUGUGAAAACUCUUCUUGAAACACACAGGAAACGACUUAAAGGAAACGUGAGGUUAGUGGAAUAUCUGGAGAAACAGGGUGAGAAAAGCUUGGGCAUGAACGACGUACUAAAUUCUAUAGCAACUCUUGUCAGUAUACCGUUUGCUUCCGUUGUUCUUCUAGGCAGAAGCUUGCGCGAAGAACUUGAGAUUGCCUUUUCUGAUCCAAAAGACAGACAAAUAUCGCGACAGACACACUACUUUGUUAUGCUAGCAGAGGCAGCGAUUCAGCAGGAAAUCAAUUUCAUAGUUUCACAACGAAACAUCAGACAGGAGAUUCUCUCAUUUGUCAUUUUGCAAAACAGAGACAAUGAUCAGCUUACUCUGAGACACUUUGACGAAAAGUUGAAAAGGCUUUGGGAAAUUUAUACUCGGAAGGUUCUCACACACAACUUUUCAUACGACGAUGUGAAAAACGUCGUUCCUGAUAAGGUCGGUAGCACACAUGUGGACAUUGUGAGGAUAAGAAGAGGAUCAGAUGCUCAUUUUCUCGCGAGGAAAUGCUUAAAAUCAAAAGUAAAACAUAUUGAAUCAACACAUACAUGUACUCUACAAAACGUCAAUAUCUACAGAGAACUGGUCAUUAUGAGAUCUUUGACAAGAAAGGACAGUGAAAACUGUGUGAAGUACAGUGGAUCUGCAUCUUGGAUGGAAGGAGAUGAACAAAUACUGGCCAUUCUUAUGGGAAAAUCUGACAGCAGUUUAGAGGACCUCGUCAAAAACCUGCAACAAGAGCUGAUCAGCUUGAAGAGGAGACUGCAACUUGCCGUCGGUGCUGCGAAAGGCUUAGAAUGUUUACAUCAAAAUGGCUACAUUCACAGACAAGUCAAACCGCAUCAUUGUUUGGUUUAUCUUGGCCAGAACAACGAAAAGGACACUGUAAAAAUUUGUGAUUUCGGACACACGCAAGAGGAAGCAACCCCAUCAUCAGCAUUAGAUCGGAGAACCGUGGCCUAUCAUGCCCCCGAACUUUUCAAACAAAGAGCUAGGCAUAGUACCAUGUCGGAUGUGUACAGUCUCGGCCUGGUAAUCUGGGAACUGUGGCAUUGGAGGAAGAUCACGUGUAAUCCAGGCGAACCUCCUUCCAUUCGAGAGAUGCCAUCGGGACCGUUCAAAUCAAUCGUCAAAGCUUGUUUGGACGUAAAACCAGAAAAGAGACCAAAGUGUUCUGAGGUGGUUCAAACUCUCAAUAACUUUAUUGGUUCUAGUAAUUAAUGUUUACUAUUCAGUGCUCGCGGCGAGAAACUGUUAUAUGAGAAAGUGGGUGGAUUACAUAGGAACUGUUACAGAGUUAUAAGGAGCUAGCCGGUCUACUCUUUAAACUAAUUAUUUCAGAGGAGUUAGCCGGUCUACUCUUUAAACUACUAAACGUAGUAUGUAUUUCUGAGGAGUUAGCCGGUCUACUCUUUAAACUAAAUAUUUCUGAUGAGUUAGCCGGUCUACACUUUUAACUAUAUAUUUCUGAGGAGUUAGCCGGGCUACACUUUUAACUAAAUAUUUCGGAGGCGUUAGCUGGUCUACACCUUUAACUAAAUAUUUCUGAGGAGUGAGUCGGUCUACUCUUUUAACUAAAUAUUUCUGAGGAGUUAGCCGGUCUAUACUUUUAACUAAGACAUUUCUGAGGAGUUAGUCGGUCUACACUUUUAACUAAGACAUUUCUGAGGAGUUAGCUGGUCUACUCUUUUAACUUAAUAUUUCUGAGGAGUGAACCGGUCUACUCAUGUAACUAAGACGUUUCUGAGGAGUUAACGGCCUAUUUUUUUUACUUAAUAUUUCUGAGGAGGUAGCCGGUCUAUUCUUUUAACUAAAUAUUUCUGAGGAGUGAGUCGGUCUACACUUUUAACUACAUGUAUAUAUUUCUGAGGAGUUAGCCGGUCUAUUCCUUCUUAGAUAUUGUUUGAUCAAUGCACGAUUAAUAAUAUAUUUGCUUUUACUUCAAAUACUCAAAAUAUGGAAUAACCAAAUAAUUUGGAGGAAAGAUAUCGAAAAGCGUCGCUUUUUCUUUUUAUAUAGCUUUGAUUAUAUAUUGUUGUAUUAACUUCAAAUGAUUUUUUACAAUUUGAUUGAUAACUUUAGACAUAUUUGAUUUCAAAAUAGUUUAGAAAUACUAAUUAUGCGGCCCGUUUCUUUCUAUUAUUUGUAAAGAAUUGUGCCAUUUUAUUAACUUAACAAUUUUUUCAACCUAACGAUCAAGAGACUGGUUUAUAAGUAUGAUCCGCACUUACAUGGUCUAUACCAGUGUUAUGGAGAUAGUCUACACUGAUUGCACCAUUGUAACAAACCUACACAUCCCGGACCUCGACGGCAAUCAAAUAUUCAGAUAAAGGUCAAAGUUAUUUAUAGGAUAGGAUCUAUUCAUACCGCUACUUUUAAACAAUUUCAGUCGACAACAAUCAGGUAUUCGUAUAGUAGUCAAAGUAUUGUAUUCAAGGUCACUGGGACAAAAGGUCAAGGUCAAAUUACAGCAUUUCAUUAAUGAACAAUUUGUUAUAAACUUAGAAAUCAUAUUUGAUCGGAAUUAAACAAGAAAUUAACUGACCAUUGACCCAUGGUCCGGGUGAAGUUCACCGAGUCAAAAAGUCAAUGUUGAUUUUUGUAUCUUUUCACUGAUGACUAUUUUGUUGUGACAUUAUGAAGAAAUGUUUGUAAUAAUUAAGCAAGGGGACUCAACUGACCAAAUGUCAAAGUCACUGGGUCAAAGGUCAAGAUUAAAUUGGUUCUAUUCACUGAUUAACAUUUUGUUGUGACAUUUUGAAGCAAAAUUUGUUGGAAUUAAACAAGUCAACUGACCAAAGAACAAGAUAACUUGAUCAACGGUCAGGGUCAUUUUAAUCCAAAGGUCAAGGGCAAAGGGGAUCUCUGACAAUGACCCUGGCUGUUAGUGUGGGGUUUUUAAGGCUUACAUAAAAAAACACCAAAGCCAACAAUUGCGUAUUUUAUCGGUAUUUACGUUUCCGUUAGCCAUGCAAACGGGAAGGUGGAGGGAAACAAGAGUCAUAUCAUCGUAUAUGUAAAAUGUAUUUUAUUCCUUGACAUUCAAAUGUCAGUCCCUGCGAUAAGACUGUUAAUCGGGGAUAUAUAGCAACACAACGGGGACCCUUUAAUUGUUAUUAUAAUCUCCUAGCGUUCUAUAGCUAUUAUAUUUUAAACAAAAUUCUAUGGCAAUCAAAUAUUCUUACAGUGGUCAGAGUAAUCUGUUGUGUUGGAUUCUAUCAUUCAUACAAUUUUCUACCACAAUAGGUGGGUGUUAUUCAACUCCCACGGUGUGAAAUAACCAUUACAACUGUUACCACACGUGAAAUAAACUCUAAAUGCGUUUUGAUUGGUUGGCACGAUGACCUUAGACCAGGACCAUUUUUGUGUCGCCUUGAAAAGGUGACAUAUAGUUAUUACUACGUCGGCGUCGGUAUCGACGUCGGUGUCGGCGUCGUCGGCGUCCGCACCAUGGUUUCCGUGCAAUAACUUGAGUUCCCUUUGGCCAAUCAAACUCAAACGUCAUACAGUGCUUCCUUACCAAAAGUGCUUGAUUGGGAUUGCUUUUCAGGUUCAAAGGUCAAAGGUCACUGUUACUAUUAAUAGAAAAUUGGUUUCCGUGCAAUAACUUGAGUUCCCUUUGGUCAAUCAAAUUCAAACUUCAUACAGUGCUUCCUUACUAAAAGUAUUUGCUUGGGAUUACUUUUCAGGUUCAAAGGUCAAAGGUCAAGGUCACUGCUACUAUUAAUAGAAAAUUGGUCACCGUGCAAUAACUUGAGUUCCCUUUGACCAAUCAAGCUCAAUCUUCAUACAGUGCUUCCUUACUAAAAGUAUUUGCUUGGGAUUGCUUUUCAGGUUCAAAGGUCAAAGUUCAAAGGUCAAGGUCACUGCUACUAUUAAUAGAAAAUUGGUCUCCGUGCAAUAACUUGAGUUCCCUUUGGCCAAUCAAACUUCCUUACUAAAAGUGCUUGCUUUGGAAAAGGUCUUACUACAGCCAUCACAAACCAGUAUGGAUAGCACUAUGAUGACAUGUUCGGGGUAAGAAGUUCUGUACAUAAAUGUAGUUAAAUGUUCUUGCAAUCAAUAAAUGCUAUCAGCGAAUUCACUCAUCAUAUCUACAAAACCUCUUAGAACCACCACUCCAAUUGAUGUGUGUACAUAACGUCUUUAGAAUUAGGACUUAGAACUAGGGUUAAAUGUUAGUCAUCAGAUGAGUUGGCAACAGGUGAGAAAUCUGAAUACACAGUUCACCUGUAUAUUCAUAACACUGGUUUAAGAAUAAUCACUGCAGUAAUAAUUAAUUCACACAGGGUUUUGUGCAAAGAUUGCAUUAGAUAUCAAUUUAUUAUUACUACUCAAAAUUAAAUGUUGUGCAUUUGUUGUUUUUCUGCUUAUAAAUGUUCACCAAGGGAAAUAAAAUCAGAUCCUGAAAAUGUUUUUAUUUUUACUUAAAAACGAUGGAUCUAUGUUUCCAAUUUUUGUGUCGCCUUUUUCUAAAAAAAAACAAACCCGCUAUAUAGGUACUGUAUUACUAUCAUUCGUGAGUUAUUUCAUUGUAUGGGAAUCCAUCCGGUAAAUCAUACAAAUUAUACUUGGAAUAGAUACAAUGAAUAUCCAA